GUUAGAGCGCCCCUUCUGCCUUUAUUUAUAUUUAAAUUUAAUUUUAAGAAGCCAACCCCCAAAUUCUGUUUGGCUUCAUUUCAUUUUCCCGCCCGCGUCGCUCAAUUAUGGUUACUUUGCACUUCGCGUUUAGCGAAGUUGGCGUGCCUGGAAUUUCAAAACAAAAUUUGUUGAAUUUUUCACUCGCCGCCAUUUUCAGUUAAAAGAAACGAAAUUGUUUGACCAAAGGGACGCUUCAACGAAUCGUAAGUGAAACAUCCCCUAAUUUGCCAACAACAACUCACUGAAACAAAUCCGCACAACAACACUCAAAUAUCGCGUUGAUUAACUCUCUAUUUUUGAGGUUAGUUUUGUGUUGUUGAAGAGAAAGUCGUUUCGGAUAUGGAAGAGCAGCACAAGGCUGCUGCUGCGGCAGGACCGUCAUUGGGGUCUUCUUCAACGCGAAAGAAGCAAGAAGACAAGUAUCGCAAGAAGGAUCCCAAGUCUUGGGAGAACAUUAUAAAGUUCAUCGCUUCAAUGGAAGAUUCAGCCAAGUUUCUGUACAUCGAAACCAAGUACAAGGAGCUGUACAACGAAGAUAGACAGUUGAAUGUGGUUUAUCAACAAUUGGUAAGACAAAAUGCAGCUCUCCAGAAAGAGAUGGAUCACAAUCAAACCGAAUUGGCCAAAAGUAUUGUGGCAAGGGCUCGUCUAGAGAACCUCUGCCGGGAGUUACAAAAACAAAACAAGCAGAUUAAGGAAGAAAACAUGGCCAAAAUUAAAGAAGAAGAAGAGCGCCGCAAAGAAGUAUCUCUAAAAUUUGCUGACAAACUCAAUGAUAUUAAUAGCAUGAUGGAAGAUAAUAAAGAAAAAAGUGAUAAGUUGCGAGAAGAAAAUCUCAAAAUGACUGCUAAAUUAGCUGAUCUUUAUGCUCAAUUCCAAAAGCGCGAGGAAGAUAUAUCCAAAAUGUCUCAGCAGUUAGAGCUCGAGAGACAAUUUUCUCAAGCUACAUUAACAAAAAUGGAGCUUGAAAUAAAAGCGGAGAAAGAAUUACAUCUGCAAGAGCAAACACUGAUGAAAGGCAAUUUAGAAAAAAGCGAAGCAAACUGUGCCGUGCUUUUAAGUACAGUAAAAGGUCUCCAAGAUCAUAUUGAUGUAUACAAACAUCAAUAUGAGGACUUUGAAAGCACAAUGUCAAAAAGUACUAAAGUCUUCGAUAAUUUUAAGUUUGAAAUAGCGAAUAUGACCAAACAAGUAAAUCACUUAGAAGAAGAAUGUUUGUCUUGGAAGCAGAAAUUCCAGCAGAGCAUGAAAGCUUUGGUUGAAAUGAGCGAACAAAAGAAGGGCCAGGACGCUCAUUUAAGAAGUGUGGAUAAGAAAAUUGAGCAGUUGAAUAAACUGUGUAGGCAGUUACAAAGCGAUAGGAGUAGUUAUUUGAAGUUAUUAAAGACGCACGGCAUUGAACCGCCUCCGAGUGCUAUUCCGAAAGGAAAACCGGCCGACAAUGUAGUUCCUAAAACGUCAACUGCUGACAUGACUGAAAAAGAAAAGGAGCUCGAAGCUCUAAAAGAAAAUUUAAAGGCUGUUCAAGAUGAGUUAACUCGGUUAAAUGUUGAUGAGAUUGAAAAAUCUGAACCCACCAAGACUGAUUCAUCUAGUCAAGAUAUGGAAGAUGAAACUCUGACAACAAAUGUGCAAUUUGAAGAGGAGAAAAUAUCAAAUGAAAAAAGUGUAUCCCCAGUGUCUAGUCAGAAAGUAGUUGUUUUUAUAGAUAGCGACAAGGGAGUAAUUGAAGAAGUUAAUUUAAUCGACUCCCAGCCAAUUGAAAAAAAUACUGCUAGUACUAGUGCAAAGCAUUAAGUGAAACAAUUGGUAAAUGCCAAUGUUCACUUGUGAUCUGUUUUUCUUUGUUUCAAUGGUGCUGUUAAUGUUAUAUUAUUUUUGUUUUUGUAUUAUUAGUGUGUUCACACUUGUAUUAAAGUCGUACUUAUUUUCAUUCUGACCAAAUUGCGCUUUUGGUUUGAUCAUACGUUUUACGUUGUCCUAGUUUUGUUUAUUAUAUCAUGAAUAUUUGUAGUUGUAGGGUACCUACUACAACAAAAGUUAGAACUCAACACUUGGUGAUUUACUUCAAGAAUAUUAUGAAUCACCUUGUGACCUAUUUCUCAAUGUUUUGUUACGUUUCUUGUGUUUGUUUGUUUUUUUAAGUUAAUAGGCAUUGUUUCAACUUUGAUUUGCAGAAUUGAAUUUUUAGUUUAUUUUUAGACAGCACCAUUGACUUUGUUUUUGUUAACUAUUUUGAUUACAGUGCCUUUAAACC